AUGGAGAGAACACCAAUGCAUGAUCAAUCCAUGACACCAUCACCUAACACAUUACCUGCUACGACAACGUCAGCUCAUUCUAGCCAACCAACAUCCAAAAGUAUGGUCUAUAUUUGUGGUGAAUGUCACAAAGAUAAUGAAUUAAAAUCUACAGAUGUUAUUCGAUGUAACGAAUGUGGUUAUCGUAUAUUAUAUAAGAAACGUACAAAACGAUUGAUCGUAUACGAUGCCAGAUAG